AUGGACGAAAUACUGCCACACAUUCUAUUUCCUCGAGACGGCGAUGAUGGAGCAUCACGGGGACAACGUGCACUGGUGGUGACAGCCGUGCUAACUGCCAUUUCUAUCCUCGUGGUUGGCAUGCGGAUGUAUGCUAGGAUUGGCUUGCUGAAAAUGAUCGGUCGCGAAGAUUACACAAUUCUAUUUUCUCUGGUACUUGCCAUUGUCUACCUCGCUUUAGUAGCUGCCCAGGUGCAUUUUGGGCUCGGCACGCAUAAUUCUGCUCUUUCCGAUGAAGAAUUGAAACAACAAUUGAAGCGACUUUGGGCGGCCAUUCCUUUUUAUAAUGCCAGUCUCGCACUCACUAAAUUCUCGAUUCUUUUCCAAUAUCUCCGCAUCUUCCCCGACCGUCGAUUCCGUAUGGCUUGCUGGGUCGUGAUGGGCGUUGUCGCGUUGUACGGGACCUGGGCUGUUGUGAGUGCCUUCGUAAACUGUGUCCCCGUGGCCAAGUUCUGGGAUCGAACGAUCGCUGGCUCGUGUCUGAGCUUCGAGGCCGUUUGGUUCUUCAAUGCAUCAAUGAAUAUCGUCACCGACCUCACGCUCCUUAUCAUGCCGAUGCCUCUUCUCUCUCAACUACAGCUCCCGCGCCUACAAAAAUUUGCCCUCAUGGGUGUUUUCGCCAUCGGUGGGCUGGUGGUCAUAACCAGCAUCCUGCGACUUUCUAGUCUUCGCGCGGUCGCGAAAGAUCCCGACACAUCUUACAGCAACGUGGGCGCCUCGUACUGGACCGCAGCGGAGUGCAAUGUGGCCAUCAUAUGCGCCUGUCUUCCCUUCCUGCGACCGAUUGUCAGCUGCCUGUUCCCUAAGCUGCUGUCGACUCAGAGCUACAACCACUACACCCGGAAUCCAACCGCCACUGUUACCACUCGGUCCCGGGCCACGCGCAUGCAUCUGCCCUCACAAAAUGACGAUUUCGGCAUGUGCACGAUCGAUGUCGAGCAGGGCGAAAGGAGGCCCGACGAUGCCUUCAAGGGCAUCGAAGUGACCACGGAGAUGUACCAAGAAACCUCCAAGAACGACGAGUCCACCAGUCAACGAAGACUCGUCAUGGAAUCAUGA